CAGAGUCAAUAUUACAACAGGUGCUCUUCAUCUCUCAGCUGGAAGGUAGGCUGCUGCUGCAGGAGUGAUUGGCUUUGAAGUGCUGUAAAUAUGAAGGAAGAUUCAAGUAUUCGAUGUUUCCAAGGUCUGCUUAUCUUUGGCAAUGUGGUUAUUGCACUAUGUGGGAUCGCUCUGACAGCAGAGUGCAUUUUCUUUGUUUCUGAUCAGAAUGGCCUGUACCCACUGCUGGAAGCAACAGAUAACGAUGACAUAUUUGGGGCUGCAUGGAUUGGCAUAUUCGCUGGUUUUUGCCUCUUUUUAUUGGCUUUGUUGGGGAUUGUUGGCAUCAUGAAAUCGAACCGGAGGAUGCUUAUGGCAUACUUGAUUCUGAUGUUUAUCGUUUACUGCUUUGAAACCGCUUCAGCAAUCACUGCUAUCACACACAGAGAUUUUUUCAUUCCAGAGUUGUUCCUGAAACAAAUGUUGCAGUUUUACCAGAAUAAUAACCCAUUCAACAAUGACAAUUCCUGGAAAAUAGACGGAGUCACUAAGACAUGGAACAGGCUUAUGAUUCUAAAUAAAUGCUGUGGAGUCAAUGGACCAAGAGACUGGCAGGACUACACUUCUGCGUUCCGGAACAUAAACAGCGACUCAGAGUUCCCGUGGCCGCGACAGUGCUGUGCAAUGAAUGAUUUGGGGAUCCCCAUUAACGUGGAAGGAUGUAACCUUGGAGUUGAAGGUUAUCUGUACACUACAGGCUGUUAUGACCAAAUUUCUGGCCCGCUGAUGCGCCAUGCAUGGGGAGUUGCGUGGUUUGGUUUUGCCAUUCUCUGUUGGACAUUCUGGGUGCUAUUAGGAAGUAUGUUUUACUGGAGCCGUAUUGAAUACUAAUCAACAAGACUCCUUUGCUUUUUCUGACGCUUUUAAUAAAGAUCUACAGUAUGCUGGCCAAUAUGGAAGGCAUGAGUUUAACUCAGAUGGCUUACUGAGGCUUAUGAAAUAUUGGUCUAUGGACAAUCUUGGAGGGCUAAAUCUAUUUGCCUAUCAAGGUUUCACUUCUGAAAAACCAAAGCUGUGUUUGUUUACAACAAAUUGCUGUGCAUAUAGGGCUAAAACUGUAAGACUCUAUACACUCCGAGCCUCAGGAGACACAGAAUAUUGUUGCCAUCAUAUUUAUCUUGUAAUAUUUGUUCAUGGAUACAAAAUGGCAGAUCACUUUUUUUUUUUCUUUUUGAAAUGGCCUACGUACCUACACUUAUGUAAAUGUGUUUUAAUCCAAUAUUGAUACUGCCACGUGUCAUGAUAUAACUUUUUUAUGUAUGUUUUGCGUCUCAAUUUACCCUUUUGUUCUCCCUUAAUGAUUUGUAAUUUUUUUUUUUUUUUUUUUUUUUUCUUCUCAAUUAAAAUGGAGAAUAUCUUUAGGCAUUUACGGCAAGUGGCUGCAUUAUUUCUGUUCCACCAUAGAUCUUGGGUUUUACGGAUCACUGUUACACGCACAAAAUUCCAUAUUUAUAAGAAUAUUAAAUCUAAACUAUCCUGUGUGGUCUUCAAUUUAAUGUAUCACAAUGUAAAUAUAAUUCCAUAAAAUUAUAUGUUUGUCUUUGUAAGUGAUUGUGAAUUCUGUUUGCUACAAGACCCUCUCUUAAAAUUUCUCGGAUUGUUUCAUUUGCGAUUAAAGAAAACCAAAAUUUUGAAAUCUA